AUGGUUAAGCAAGGAAUACAGAUUUAUGCCAGGGCAAAGCCAACCAAACAAAAGUUAACUGGGGUAAGCAUGUUGAUUGGUACUGAAUUAUUUGUCACCAUUUUUCUUAUUUUUGGAAUCUAUUUUGUGAAGUUGCUUGAAAAUUAGUGUAAAUAUUGAGUAUUUCCUCUCUGAGGCAGGGAGUAAAGUCGUGAUACUCCUUUAUUAAUGUAAGAGAGGUGAACAAAAAACUGAAACUUGUCUACAGGUGAAACAGGUCUACAAGAAACCAAGCGUCCGACAGUUCAUUUAUAAUACAACAAAUUUAAAAAAUAAUAAUAAUUAGUGGUUUGUCUUGCGUUUUAAAAGAAAUUUUACCCAUUCUGUGACUGGGAAUAUGAAUUGUAUCAUAGUAAAUUUAUUGCUGUUCCAGCUGUGGAUGCAUGACUGUAGUUUUCCUUUUUAAUACAACAUUGUAUUUCCUUGCUUGAGUUAAACUAAAUGUGAUUAAACAAAAUCAUUUUGAAUUUGUUUAAUUAAUCUUGUCAUUCCUUGAUUAUAAAACCUACUGUAAAAUCAUAAUGUGAAUUGUUGCCUCUGAUAUUAAAUUCAACCUGUGAGAGAAAGCUUUGUGGAGAAAAAAAAAAUCAGAUAUGUACUACUGAAUUCAGUGAAGAGAUAUAAAACAAGCUGACAAAAGUUGACUGAGAGAUUCUGUAACAGGGUAUUAUAAUAAUUAAAUUGUAAGAAAAUUAAAGCAUUAUAAAUGAAAGUAUCAUAUUCUACUCAUUAACCAAGAGUGACGUCAUUACAGGGAAAUCUUAGACAGAGGCCUUAAUGUAUGGAACGAGUGAUAGCAAGGUCAAUGCAUCAAGGCGGAGGUCUGAGAUUUCCCCGGUAAUGACCGAGCAGAUGAGGUUAAUACAUUAUUUCUUUUGCGGCCUUUCUAUUAUGGACCUGAGCCUGCAAUCAAUUAAAACCAACAACUGGUCAGCGAAUAACUUUAAGAAAACACAUCACCUCAAUGAGUUGUACUUUUGAGCCCAUGAAACAGUAAGGUAACACUGGUCAGUGGAUACCAUUUUUGACAGCUGUCAAUUGACCAUAACAUGGAUGUCCAUAAGGAUUUCCACCACCAAGUUAACACAGAUUGUAUAUGCCUUGGACUCCUAUCUAGUAAUGGCUAGUCAUUAAAAGAAAAUAAUGCCUGGUCAUUAUAAGAAAACAGCCAAUCAGCACGUGCCUAAUAUUGUAGCCAUAUAAUAAAUACAGUCAAACUGCCAUGUGCAACCACCUCCCAUAGGCACUUACCCAAAACACCAAAAUUUUCCCAGCCAAAGGUUUAUAGUUAGAACCUCUCGUAAAGGGCUUUUGUUUCUUUUAUGGGGCUGUUGCUCUUAAGAGAAAAACAAGUAGGUGCGUGGGCAAAAUGAGGAGUUGAAAAUGAUGAAAAAUAUAGUAUCAUAUGUUUGACAGAAAAGAAUUAAUAAAGUGCCAAUACUGGUCAUUUAUCAAAGCAUCUUUUAGCCACAAAACCAUGAAUUUUGCAGUAGAGACAUUUGUAAUGUUUUGGAUUUUAGGCAUUUUACUGUAGAUUCAAGUGAGAAUAAUACAGAAAAUAACUAAAAUAGAUUCACGUUUUUUUUCUUGAUUUACGUUCUACAUUAAUUUUGGCUUAUACAGUGUGUGUGUUGUAGUUAAGUUUUUUUUUUCUUAUUUAAUUUUUGGCUAUGGUAAUGUAUGCUAUGACAACAAGAACUAAACGUGGAUUUGAAACAUAAUAAUUACCUGAGUUAAAAAAAUUAACGACAACAUAUACAUUUGUUAUGUUGUCACAUAAAAUAAACUCUUCAUUUUGCUUUUGCCUUCAGGUAGUUUUUUCCUUUACAAAGCGAUGGUCCCUUAAAAGUAACGAAAGCCUCAUAAACUACCCUCUCUCAUAAGUGAUGAUGACCACUUUUAGCUGUGUGUGCUAUGCUACACAGAAUAUGAUAACAAGAACUAAACGUGGAAACAAACAACUAAACAUGGAUUUACAUACAUGUAACCUAAAAAUUGCAUGCAAUACAUUCACUCCAAAAAGUAGAUGAGUCCAAGCUUCUCCUCGAAAAUGACUUCCUGCUGUUUGACUCUCAUAAACAACCACUUCCCAUAAGCGACCACAAACUCUUUUCAUUUUGGGUGGUGACUCUUAUGAAAUGUUUGACUGUAAUAAUUAUCAAUAAUACAUUGUAUAUGUAAUAAACUCAUUUCUUGUUUGUGUUUUAGCUUUAUGAAGCUUAUGAAGAUGACAACGGAGGAUCCAUUAUUGCCUUUACUGUUCCUAAAGAUCUAGCUGAUGGCUAUAUCAAUAACAAGAAAGAAGUUUAUAAAUUUAGGUUGGAGCUUUGAAUAUCAUUAUUUGGGUUAAAUUCACUCGGUUAUAAUUUUUGCUCAGUAUAAGUCAUGGUAAAUUAUACUUGUAAAUGAUAAUGUUUCUUUGACUUUAGAAAUUGCUUAGAUAUAACAUGAAGAAACAGACAGAAAACACACUUUAUUUCUUUCCAUUUUAUUACAGUUAAUGCGCUUUAUGCAUGAGCAUACAACUAAAAAAAUUUGUCCAUUUGAUUACUGCACUUGAGCAUUUGGUAAAAACUCGGUCUGCUUUCUUUUUUAAAUCACUCAAUUAUUAAUCAAAAGCGAAAAUACCUAAGAUGAUUUUUUCAUUUUUGUCCUGCUUUUUUGAAUACUUUCAAUCUGAUUUGCAAUAAUAUUGUUUUGGUUCAAAAAAAUCAAAUCAAAUCAAAUUGAAAGUAUUCAAAAGAACAAGACAAUACGUCUUUAUAAGUAUUUUCUUAAUUUUUUGAUUGAUUUAUUGAUUGCUGGAUUGAUUUAAAAAAAGAGAGCACAUUGAGUGUUUGCCAAAUCCACAAGUUUGGCGUUUAGUGGGCCAGUAAUGAAAAAGAUACACCCAUUCAUCUCUCAAAAUUUACAAAGAAAUAUUUUGAUAGCCAGAAAAGUGUCUGGCAACCCAUACAUGUACAUUAGUUUUGUUUGUUAAUUUUCAAAUUUUUUUUUUAAUGAAUGUUUAUCGUUUAAUGUUGGUCUGAUUAACACCAAACUUGUGGUUUUAAUAGGCUUGGAUGAGCUCUGAUAAUUCUGUGGUUCUUAUUAUCCCAUACACUGUAAAACAUGGACUCAUACUCAGUCCCCAUCGGUUUAAAACCAAUGUGGAAAUGUGGUAACAGCCUGCAAACAGGUACCCAAGUGAAGUGGGGCGAUAAAAAAAAUCGGCAAGCAAAAUGAGCCAAGCGUGGCCCAGGGGAGAAAAAAGGCAAGGAGCCUGUAAACUUUGUUUUGAUGCUGCUCAUCCAUGAUACCAGAUUCUGGUAUCAUGAUCUGAUUCAGGUCAGAUCACUGACCUUUGACAAGUUAGCAGUAAAUAUACCCAGGUGCACACAAAUGUUUUUAAAGCCAAUACAUUCCAGCAAAGAAAACAUCAUAAUUUAGCAGGUGAAAUUGCCUUAUUGACAUUUGUUACAGGAUAAUUGCAAAAUAUAAUUAUGGGCAGAUGGGCACCAUCAAAACAAAGUCCACAGGCUUUCCUGCCUGUUUUCUUUCCCAGGCCACACUUUUUCACCUCACUUUGCUCACUGAUAUUCUUUUUUGCUCUGCUCCAUUUGGCAGCCUGUUCGCAGGCUUUGUGAGGUUUCAUGUGUUAAGUCUGUUGACUGUAUAUUUGACUGUUGACUGUAUAUUUGUGGUGAAUAUUUUAUUAAUAACUGUUACUUUUUAUUUCAAUUUUCUGCGAGCUAAAUAACCUAACUAAAACUUUGUGUUAAGUUUUAAGUAACUGGUCCCUGGAUUAGGUAAAGCAACAACAAACAGCAACUAAUUUCAAGGAACAAUAUUAUGUAUUAAUUUAUAAUAGAAAUAGUGGAAUAAUUUUGUGUAUAUUAUUUUUUGUACAUUAAGGUUCAACAGGGUCUUUGAUCAGGACUGUAAACAGGAUGAGGUUUUUGAGGAAGUUGCACAAGGAGUGAUAGACAAGUAGGUUCUUGAUCUGUAUACUCUUUUUGAUACAAGAAUAUUGUUUUUCCGGCCCAGGCUGAAUAUUCUUAUUUUUCUGGCAAUGUCAGGCUGAAAAAGUUCUUGUAUUUUUCUUAAAUAAUUAUAUAACAUUAAUCCUUUAUUAAGCCCCCCUGCCUUCUCAAAUAAGUCCCCCCUCUAAUAAGCCCUCCCUUUUCAGAAGAAGAUAGUUGAUAAGCCCCCCUUCCUCCCCCUUAUUAUUGCUCACUAAUAAAAUGAUAGACUGUAUUAAUCAACAACAACUGUAAAACUUUGUGUGGACUGAGCCAGGCUGGUUUAUUCACCAGCUGGAAGUUUGGAUUUGUGUUUGAUCCUUGAAUGUAUGACCUCCAAGUUCUUGUACUUGUACUUUAAUUUUCACUUUGCAUUCUAGUUCUUUAUGGGGAACUGAUACUAUCAUCUUUUGUGGAAUUAAAUAAGCCCCCCCUCUCAAAUAAGCCCCCCCCCCCAUCUCAACUAAGCACCCCCCUUCAAAUGUGCUUGAAAUAAAUAAUAAGCCCCCAUGGGGCUUAAUAGAGCAUUUAAACCCAUCAACAAUAGAUAGGUGAGGGGAAGGUACCUGAAGAAGUGGAAGGGGGCCACAAGCGAUCUUAGAAGGUAACCAUGACAACCCUGAGAGCGGCACCCACCAGACACCAUCACACUGAGAAUCUCAGGGGAAAAAGGAGGAGAUACUUACCAAAACAGCAUCCAGAGAGGAGGGAGGGUUUGGGGCAAAAACAACUAUAACUACUGCACACAAAAGCAACAUGAGCAAAAUGAUUGACUCCUGCGGAAGUGCUGUAAAAUCACUAAGGCCCUGCUAAACCUCAAGACCGCCCCACAUACGAUUAGUGGUGAAGACAACUGGCCAGCAUUGUCUUGUGUUUAACCUUGCCUAAAUUACAUUUAGCCACAUUUACAGUAGCUUAUGAAAUUUUCUGCGUUAAUUUAGGUGUCCACAUAAUAACAAAAAGUUAAAAACUUUUACAGAUUUUGAACACACAAAAUUAUAUCCUUUUCAAAAUCUCAGACUUGGGGUUUAUUCUUUAAAUAUUCCCAAAAUUCUGUAAAUUUCAGCUUGCCUUGAUAUUCUAAUAAAAUAUAUUCUUAUAAAAAAUUGUUAUUAGUAGCACUUAAUAUCAAGUAGCAAGUACAUGUAGAUUAAAAAUUUAAUAGUUUUUAGACAUUCCACUAAUUUUUGGUCUGUAAUUUAUUGAUUUUAGUGUUUUGACUGGAUACAAUGGAACAAUCUUUGCUUAUGGCCAGGUAUUAAAUUAAUUCUGACGGUUAUCAAAGUCAUGUGUAGGUAGUAGAUUAUUAUUGUUUACUUUAAUAGGUUCACCAGCUCUUGAUAGGAUCACUGCAACGAUGCAUGGUGCCACUAUGCAGGUCCAUAACAGUCCCUCCCUUCCCCCCCCUUGCCUUGAGAGAUAGACCACGACACCAGAGACUAUGUCCCCUGCUCUUUAUGAACAGUGCACAGGUUCUUCAAUGUCCCACAAAAUUCAUAGGUGCAACAGUUGUGAGACAGGGCCUACACUUCAUCGUCCUUAUCCGAAAAACAAAGAAAGUCUAACCAUUUGCAGAUGUCUUUGCAAAGAGAGCACUUUCUCCUUAGUUAUUUAAACAUCUUGAGUGUUGGUCUGGCAGGGGUUUGAACCAGCAACCUCUCGCCCAGCAGACUGGCGCAUGUCCAAUUGAGCUAACCACUUUAUACUAGGUUGUUUAUUCAACUGCGAGGAUCAUUAAUUUUUUCACUUUCUCAUCUUUAUCUGCAGUUCAAAAUAUGAGUCAUUUCAUAUAUUAAAUAUGUGAAACAACUCACAUUAUAUUGAAUGGUAAUUUUCCAUUUCAAUAAACUUAUUUGCUAAUGAUGUACGUUUUCAGACUGGUUCUGGCAAGACAUUCACAAUCACAGGUGGUGCUGAACGUUACGUUGACAGGGGCUUAAUUCCAAGAUCAUUAUCAUACAUCUUUGAGUACUUUGAGAAGGUCAGUGAGCAGAUUUGGUAUUAAUCCCUACCAAGAUUUGAAAAACAUACAUCUUUAUUAUCCACACGUUGAUACUUUUACAUCCUCAACUUCAACUUAUGGCAUAUAAAUUCACUGCAAACAACGGAUCAGGCAUAAAUAACUGCUCUGAGUGAGAUUAGUAAGGCUUGUACAACUCAGAAAUCCAAUUUACUCGCACAAGUAAAUUAUGUUAUCAAUAUUAUUUCUUCUACAGCAUCCAGGAACAGUCUUUACUGCUCACAUUUCCUACCUGGAGAUCUAUAAUGAAAAUGGCUAUGACCUUUUGGAUCCCAAACAUGAAGCUUCAAAACUGGAAGAUUUACCGUAAGUUUGGUAAAACACUCCAAGAAAUUUUGCUUUGGUUUAUCUUACCUGUUGGACUGAGUUGCCUGCAAAUAAUAUGGAUAAACAUCACUCAAAUUAAACUUGCUGUAAAAAGUCUCUAGAGUUGGCCACAACCCCUGUUGUGGAGGGGCAAGAACUGGAAAAUUGUUUUUUGAGCAGUAUUCCUUUUGAAGCCCUUAGGCCUGGUUUAAAAGUUGCAUUUUAAAAUGUGCCAAAUCUGAUGUAAAUUUGCAAGGACAAUAGACUUUCCUAGUAUUAAAUUUGGCAUAUCUGAAAUAUGAUGUUUGCAUGAACCAGGCCAUAUGGUACUUUAGUCCAAAAUAUACAAUUUCUGUUAUUGUCGUCAGACCUGCCCUAAAAAUUCUUUUUUGUAUUUCUUAGCAGACUCUGGCAGCUUUCACACUCUAAUACUACAUACCCAGGAUUUAACUGCUUGGGUUUGUUUAAUAAAAUGAGAGGGGCUUCAAAAUAAUUAAUUAAUUGACUUUUCUAAAACAAAAGUUGCAUCUUUGUGAAAAAGAACUUGCUUCCAGGCCAAACUUUAUGCUAUUUCAGACUGCAAUAUUUAAAAUCUACGGUAAUCCUACUUCAAACCUAAAGCAAACUUCAUAAAUCAUAAGCUUCAGCACUGGCAUACAUAUGCAUGAACAUGUAACUGUGUGGCUUACAUUUAAGAGAGUACCCAUCCCUACCACCUGGGUCACAACUAUAAUAUCUUGAUGAAGUUAAAGUACAAUGAAAAUACUUUAAAUCCUCUAUUAAGCUACCCCCCCCCCCCCCCCACCCGCCUUUUUUUUUUUGGGUUUGGGGGGGGUUUAAUAAUGGGGGGGGGGUUUUUUUUGGGGGGGGGGUGUUUUUUUUUUUUUCAAUUUAUUAACCGUAAAAAAAAAAUAANCAAUGCAUGACUGGCUAUUAGUAAGACGAUUUGAGUGAUUUUUCACGUGUUGUACAAGUUAUUUUCAAGAAUAAUAUCAGGGUUGUCACUAAGAUUUCAACUUGCCGGGUAAAUACAAUAAGUAGGCGGGGAAUCAAACAGCUAGGGAUUUCUUUUGGUUCUAUUUUUCUUCUAUUUUCCUAUGAAAGUAGCCGGGGGCCACGUCUUAGUAGCUGGGGGAAAUCCCCAGCCCCCGCCUCUUAAUGACAACCCUGAAUAUGGUUUCAGUUCUCCACAUUAAAGAACUAGACCGCAAAGUGGAAAAGCUUCCAUCCUGAAUAAACCAUAACAGAUCAGUCGACAUGAAGAAUUACUGAACAGUAAGGUCGUGAUUAAUUAAGACAGUCUAUCAACUAUUAAUUGUUGGUGAAGAAUAAGCGGAGAGGGGGGCUUCAAAAAGUGGGGAGGGUUAAUAACUUUCUUCCUCUGAAAGGGGGGUGCUUAUUUAAGGAAGGGAGGCUUAAAAGAGGAGUUAUGACCAUUAUUAUUUUGUUAAUGUGCUCUUUGGUAAAAAGAUGCCAUUUGAUCUCCCUCUAGAAAGGUGACCCUGUUUGAAGACAGUGAUAACAAUGUUCAUUUGAAGAAUCUUUCUCUGCAUCAAGCCAGUAAUGAAGAAGAAGGUAGGAAAUAUUGAUACUGAAAGUAACGCAUCAGUUAGAAGAACCUACAGUGUAAUCUAAAAAACUGUACGUGGACAGAUCAGAUAAACUACAUUGUACUACUCAAACCUGAUAAAAAAAUAUAAUAAAUAAAGUCCCCAUACCAUAAAAUAGUGACCUAAUAAGCACCCACUUCCAAUCAAACACCUGUUAUCUAAAAAAUUAUAAAUGCCCCCUCUAUGAUGUUAAAAUUUUAUGAGAUGCCCCUUUCUAAUAAAUGCCCCCUGUCUAAUAGAUGCCUCCCUUAUGAGAAUUGCUCCAAAAUAUGCAACUAGGACUUAGGAAAACUGGAAGAAAAUCAUUCAAUUCAUUCAGUUUCUUGCUCAGCUAUCAAGCCAUUUGGAAUUUCAUCUUGUUCAAUGUCAAGUUUAAAUUAAGGAUGGACUAAUGAUGGCAACACAAUAUAACCUUGAGUAGGAUUCUGACAUUAAUGUUGUGAUUUGAAAGAGCAAUAUGGAUCUCUAGACAGCCUAGAUGUACAGGUGUAUCAAUUGAUGGAGUGGAUGUUCCUUUACGUUUUAACUCUCGUGAUGUUUUCGCUGAAAGCAUAGUUUUGUUGAGCUCGUAACAGUUAUGAGAAUAAAUGCAUCUCUCUUUAAACGCAUCCUAUCUAUUAAACACCCCUGCUUGCACUCCUAAAAUUAAAAAGGCACUCGGGGCAUUUAUUAGGUCAUUUACGGUAUACAUUAUUUUUAUUUCAGCUCUAAAUCUUUUAUUUCUUGGAGACACAAACAGGAUGAUAGCUGAGGUGAGAUUUUAUUUCUGAGUCUGUUAAUUUGAUUAUAAUGCCAAUAAUAUGAAAUAAUACCACCUCUCUGGUUUUGGGCGGUCAAAAACUUUGCCAUAAUCGACCAGGAGAAACAUACAGCAAGUUUGCAUCAGCUGAAAUAAUCUCUGAGGGUGUUAUCCACCUCGGUCUGCAUAAUUCUUCAUAUCCUACAAAAGCCGAAUUCAAUAAUUAUUGCUUUAUUUUUCAUUCAAAAUAAUUCCUACUUUAAAAACAAGGUAAAACAUGCUUACCUCUGUCAAUGUUAGGUUCAACUCAAUAGUGCAUGCUUAUCAGUAAGUUUAGAAGAUAAAGGGCCUUUCAGGUCUGCAAAUUUACUCCAAAUAGCAGAUGUUGUUCGUUGAGGUGUCUUCUUUCUAUGUUUUUGGAUAAUGGUUCACCGUGAAACAAGUAAAAUGUUCCGCCAACUGUUCCACCAUUUUUUUCUCACUACCAAAACAAGUCUUCUUGGUUAACGGUUCAAUAAUCUGCAACUUUGCUGUACUUUUGACAUCAUUGGUUCAAUAAGGCAAAACUCUUCCAAAUUUGGUCAACAGUAGCUGGUUGUGAUGAAUUGUGCAUGUGAUUUUAGGCUAUCAGAAAAGAAGAAAUAUUUUGAAUGAAUAAUAAUAAACCUUUUUAAUCUGUCUAGACACCCAUGAAUCAGGCAUCAACCAGAUCCCACUGUAUUUUUACCAUCCAUGUCUCCUCACGUGACCCUGGAUCUGCUACCAUUCGACGAGCCAAGCUGCACCUGGUUGACCUGGCAGGGUAAGACAUUCUAACUGUUAUUUAAUUCAUACAACUUUAAUUCCCCAAGGGCCUUACAACCAGCUCAUAAUGAUGUCAAAUUUACAUUAAGCAUGUUAAAAAAGGUUUGUAAUUAGACUACUUCUGAAAUUUGUGACAUGUCAGGAAGACCAAGAUGACGGAAGGCCUUAUGAAACUUUGCAAUAUUUACAAUUUUUUUUGUCUUUCAACUUGUGUUACCACAAGUUUGCGCAAAGAAUUUUACGUUGUCAAGACUCAUAAUGAAUAAUAUUAGGCAGAUUUAGCAAAGCCAAUGGAACAGGAACAGUUUUCAGAUCUAUGCAUGCUGUGGUAACUUGGGUUUUUGUUAAUUUUCUAACUUUGACUGGUAAAGUAGGAGUUACUAUUAAAGAGCCUUAUUCCAUGCACUUAAUCAAUUGCACCCUAUUUUUUCUUAUACUUACAGAUCUGAGAGGGUUGGAAAGACCAAUGUUGGUGGAACUUUACUCACAGAAGCCAAAUAUAUUAAUUUGUCACUUCAUUAUCUAGAGCAGGUAAGAACAGUGAAUUUUGUCUGUCAUUCACGAUGCCUCUCUAUUUACUGGCAGUGUAAAUGACUUCUGUGCUGUUCAUUCCAGGGAGGUGUUCAGGUUACUCCAUGAGUGUUUGGGUGGAAGUGUGCCGCUUGACUGAAAUAAACUCCCACAAUUACAGACUCUCGUUAAUGAGGACACUAACUUGAGGUCCCUACGGCGUACGUCAAAAAGAGAGUUGACUAUAGAUUUUGUUCAACUGCAUUUUUCAUCCUAUCAUGGACUAGAAAAUAAACAUUCCUGACUGUUGAAAUUUAUACCUUUAAAGGGGCUAUCCAGUCACGAGGAUAUUGCUGCCUUAGAUCAAUUCUAGGCUGAAGUCAUCACUGAUUGCCUUUACCCAAUAUCAGGGCUCGAAAAAAGUCCCGUCCAGUCAUCCAGGAUGAGUAGUUUUUCUUGCCAGGCUUGUAACUGUUAAAGCUCACUUUCCUGAUGGGCAAGGGUGUGGCAAAACGUGUGAGAUUCUUGCCCAAAGGACAUGCUAGAAUUCAAGCUUUUUUCGAGCGAUGCAUAUUAUACAAAAUGCUCUCGUAGGGUUAUGAAGGAGAUAUCAAACAAAUUAGUAGUCCCUCGUGGGCGGUAUAAAAUAAAAGCCGCUACAUACUUACAGGUACGAUCGGUAGGCAACGUUGUCCACGGUCCUUCGUCAAGAUUUUAUAAUUUCUCGAAUUCGUUGUUGUUGCCGCUGCCGAACGAAAACGUCACUUAAAAAGUGAAUUCGCGCUGCUUCAAACUUAAUCGCGCUUUUUCCAUCUCGUUUAAUUCGUCAAAUGUUGGCAAAAUUUUGUGGAGUUGAAUUCUAAGGGACUGUAUUAAAGUUCAGGAAAAGAAAAGGAAAGUUGUCGUCUUGUAUUCCUGUAAUCCACAAAACGUGAAAUUAGGCACUUUCACGUUGUAGUCGUGCAACGACAGAAAAAAAAAUGUACAAAAAACGUGAUGCACGUGCAAAUUUGUUGUUUUGCUAAUAUUAACCUAUUGCUUUUUCGCCGUUCUCGUUUCCGUCGCCGUCAGUCUCCAAUUGCAAACUGGACCAUUUUUUUGGAAUCCAGUUGAUGCGAGGAGCUGUAUUAGCUUUUAAAAAAGAUAGCAUAUACAUGUAGCGUGACAUUUCCCUUUUAAUAAGUGGUAGAAAGCCUAAAUAUGACCGUACGUGCGCGUACCCACUGGUUAGUUAACUAUUGUUCUACAAUUUGUAUCUUUCUGUGAAUUAAUAGGUGAUAGUGGCAUUGUCAGACAAGUCCAGGAGUCACAUUCCUUACAGGAAUUCCAUGAUGACCUCAGUCUUAAGAGACAGGUGACGAAGUAGCCUGUAUCACAGAUGUAAUCAGACCCCAGUUAGUAACAUCUGUGAAGCAGUGUCGAUAUUCUUGUUCUGGGGCCCCAACGGACUCAAUGAAUUACCAGAGAUGCAUUUUAAAUCCCCCUUCAAUCUGACUGGCAAAUUGACAGUGGCACUUUUAACAGGCCAAUUAUGGCACGUACUCAAGUCCCAUUACACAGGUGGGACCCAGAACAACGAUUUUGGCACUGUUUCACAGACGGACUUAACCAGAAAUUUAGUUCCAUCUGUGGCACAGGCUAGUGUCAGAAAGCAGAAUGAAAUUUAACAGAAGUAAACAUUUGACCUCCCUGUAUGCAUAUCAUGUUCAGCAAAGGUUUUUAUUCUUAUGUCUGUUAUGAUCUUUAUGUUUUAGUCUUGGAGGAAACUGCAUGACCACAAUGAUAGCAACAUGUUCCCUUGAAAAGAAGAACAUUGAUGUAAGUUUGUUUGCUGUAUAAUUUGCCAAGAUCCUUAUUUUUUUGUGGCUGCUGUAACUGAACGAAAGUUUCUGUGCAUGUUGUUUCUAAAAAGAAUAGGAACGAAACCUUUUGUCGUCACUAAGAUACAUGUACUUCCGUUGAUAUAUCCUUGAUGUUAUCUACCAAUUGAGUUAGACACCAACCCCGCAGGUCGUCAAAAGUGCCGGUGACCAGUGAUGACGCAGCGUACCUCUGUGGUUUUAGUGACUACAACUCGCUGUUAAAAGAAAAAAAUGGUGGAAAUAAAACCAAGGCCAAACGUCGAACUUUUCAUGGGUCAAACCAAACUCUACUUUGGGUCGACCUAUAUUAAGUUAAGAACGUCUGUCAGGUCAGACGUCGAACCUAGGACGCGUCAAACUAAUAAACUGAAUCGUACCAAAAAGCAAUUUUAAUACCUUUUCUCCCGAAUAAGGCUAAAAAUACAUUAUCAUACAAAUUUUAAAUUUAUUGGUUUAGUGCGUUGCAUGUGAAGAUCGACGUUUGUCCCGGACCGAGAUGAUCUUCAGACGUUCUAUCUGUCUGAAGCAGAUGGAAAGAACGUGUUCUAACGUGGUGGACGAUCCAAACUCGUUCAAAGGAAUUCAACUGAUCCAGACAUCGAACUUUUCAUGAACUUAAGUCACUAAGUUUGGCUCAUCUCAUGAAAAGUUGGACGUUUGGCCUAUGCCUAAAGGUGUUAUAUCAUUUUUCCAUUGCUGUCUCCUUCCUAACUUUCUCCUUCUUCUUGAAUUCGUUCUAACAACCCUGGACCAGGACGUAGGCUAAGCCCGAAAGAAGCGAUCCAAAUCCAAUCAAAGUCAACUCCCUUUAAGAUGGAAACUAAUGGUACCAUCACUACCCUAUGCCUUUUUUCUUAGAUAGGUUUUUGCCUUUGUAAUGAGUUAACCCUUUAAGCCCUGAGAGUGAUCAGUAUCAAAAUUCUCCUUGUGAUAUCAAUGCUUUAUAAAACCGAUUGGUGAUAAGAGUGAAGGACAUGAUCACUCAAGAUAUAAUAAGUUGAUACUUCAACAACUUCUCGCUACUGCUUUUAUAGGAAACGUACAGGGACAGCAAAUGGGAAUUUGAAUUUUGAUAUCAGCUCUUAAAGGGUUAAAGGAAAGGACUGAAGAACAGCAGGGACUAACGUUGAUUGUCCAUUUUAUAGAAUUGUCCAUUAAGAAAGAGUUGACUGAAUUUAUACAGACAAUUCUUCUUGUGCCUUUGGGAGAAUAUCUGUCUAAAUCUGUUUGUCUUUUUGUCCCGUCCAGGAAUCCAUUUCAACAUGUAGGUUUGCACAGAGAGUAGCCAUGAUAAAGAAUGAUGUCCUACUGAAUGAAGAAAUAGAUCCUAAAUUGGUAAGUUUUUGUCAUAUAGCUUUUUUAUAUACAAAAAAAGAAAUUAAACUCGGGAAACCUUGAACAUGUAAAUAUUUCAGGAAUGUUGAUGGUGUAGCGACCAAGAAAGUUCUGGACAUGCGAGCAAACCUCAAACCCACAAAGUCAUUUUUUUUUUGGUUGUUUGGUUUAGUUUUCUCACCCUUGAAUGUAUUUUUCCAUCCAACACAAAUAACAUUUGAGAAGUAUUUCUGGUGUUCACACUUAAUGUGAUUUUCGCCAUAAAACGUGUGAAAUGACAUUUAUCACAUUUUUCCCUAGCUGAUUGCACAACUUAAAGCAGAAGUCCAAAGGCUGAAAGAUGAACUAGCAAUGACCACUGGACAGGAGUACACAGGAGAACUAACAGAAGACGAAAUGGACAGGUACUAAUCAUAAGUUAGAGCUACUAUUUAAUGUUGGCCGUGAAACAAGGUCUAGCAAAUUCUUUUUGACAAUUUAAGAUGUUGUGCUGUUGUAUGUACGUAAAACAGAUACAUGUAAGUUAAAGGUAAGGGAAGGUUUGGUCAUGUUCAAGACGUUGCCUGAAGAUUCUGUGGCAUGGAGUGAAGUGAAAUGAAGUGAAGACUUUAUUUAAAGAGGGUAACACUUGAGUGUUAUAAUAGGAACUGAUAAACUUGUGGCCCUCAAAAAACAAGGAGGAAUGAGGAAUGGAGCUUGCACAAUUAUAUCCCCAAGACCUUCUUGUAAUAUUGUUUCAUAGCCAGAUGGGUAUAAUGACAUACAGCGGAGCCCCGUUAAUACGGUCACCAAUGGGCCAAAAAAAAUUGGCCCUAUUAAUGGGGUGACCGUAUUAACGAGGGUUUUUUUACAAGAAAAUUCUUGUUGGUUUUUGACAGGCGGCCAAAAAAAGUGGCCGUAAUAACGAGGUGACCGCAUUACCGAGGUGGUCGUAAGGCGGGGUUUCACUGUAGCACCCAAGGCUGUGUUGGCAAACCCUGGGUUGUAUUAACAUAGCAACCAAAAGUGUAUUAACAUACAUGUAUCCUUUUAGGUACAUAAGCAUGACAACCAAGGGUGUGUUCACAUCACCCCUGGGGUACAUGAACAUAGCGUCCAUGAGUGUGUUAGUACGAUCAUAGCCCUAGGGGUACAUGGAUGUAGCAACCCAGAGCAUAUUAAUGAUAUUGCCCCUUGGGUGUGUAUUAAUGUACAACCAAGGGCAUAUUAACAUUGGACAUUGCUGUAUUGGUAAAGCAACCAACCGCUUCAAGCCACUCCACACCAACACAGCUCGCACAAAAACCACUCAAGAAAAAACUAGACAAUCCUGACCAAGCAACAACGUUCCAUCUGAGCCUACACUUGUCGGUUUGACCGACUGGUGCAGAUUACUAAGCUCGUGGCGGUUAACUUUAUUAAAUUUUCGAUUUAAUAAUUCAAUUCAAAAGUCAGUAUUUAGUUAAAUCGAAAAUUUAAUAAAGUUAACCGCCACGAGCUUAGAAUACUGACUUUUGAAUUGCUUUUACAGACUGCGCAGAGUGGUAAAAAGUUACAUCGAGGAUGCUGAUCCAGAAGCAGCACUGAGCGUCGGUGCUGACAUGAGAAAAAUCAACUAUUGCUUCCAACUUCUUAAGGUCUGUUAAAACAGCAUAAUAUUUUGUUGUAAUGUAGUUCUUCUGUAAGUUGCUACAGAAAGUACUUUGAUGUUGCAGUCACGGUCAACUUAUUAUAUUGAUCAGGUUAUAACUAAUUACGGUAAAUUUAAUAUACACUUCCCUUUCCUUCUCUUUGAAAUAAUCUGGAUGAAAAUUAAAAAGUAGUUCUUUGCAUUUAUUUAAGCAAACGAUGAAGGCAAGUCCUUUAUCCACUUACUUUUGAUGUCGGCUAGCAUGGUGUCACUUACCCUUAUCAAUGUAAACUUUAUAGUUAUCUGGUACCGUUUUAUUUUUGUGUUAUUCUGCUAUAUUUUUUAGUUACUUAUUUAUGAAUUUAUUUAUUUAUUUAUCAUUAUUUUUUCUCCUAAAUUUAAGUUUGUUAUUUUGAGAGGCUAAGGUGUUAUUUGUAGUUGUAACUGUCAUUUUUAUGCAUUUGGUAUUAUUGCUUUCAGACUCAUGUUUUAGACAAAGGCAAGAAGAAUCCUUCCCCUCCGCCACAAAGGUAAAUGUUUGCCCUGUUGGAUAUGAACAUGUGUGAAGGUUACCACCCACGAAAAGAGCCAACACGUGGAGUAAUGUAUCAAGGAUGAAACACUGAGAAGAUAGUUGAAAAUACGACGCGCAGCGGAGUAUUUUUGACGAACUUCGAGGUGUUUUAUGUGGUGAUGAAACACUGUGUGUUUAGAAUGAGAAAUUAACAAUGCAAAAAUGGGCAGUUUUUCAUUUGGUUUCCAAACACUCAUUAAACUUUAAUUUCCUUUGCAUUUUCUUCAUGAGUUAUUAAUGAGUUUGAGAAGUAAAGAAGAAAAAUCAUGUUCUCUAUUGCUGAUAAGGGGCCACACAUAGUCAAACGACCUAUCUUAAGGGAAAGAAGCAAUGGAAUGUGAUUCAGACCGACAAGUUAUUCUCUUAAAUUUUCCCAACAAAUCGCUAAAACCAUUUUGUGUUGUAGCGUAGAGGUGAAGAGGCUAACUUGUGAAACUCCGGAUCUCUUCAGGUCCGGUCACUCCACUAUGUCUUUCUUCACCCAGGGGUGAAAAUGGGUACCAGCCACUUAUUGCUUUGCGGGUGGGGGGGGUACCCUAGGAUAGACAAGCAUCAUCAUUCAGGGAGGAGCGACAAUACCCUUAAUACCCAAUAUCCAAUGUUACGGAGACUGGGUUAUUCCUACCCCCUCUCCCAAGUGGAUCGAGUUGUGCUGAAAUUAUUUUUUCUUUGUAACUUUUGAAUCUGUAGACGAAAACUUACGGUUUUGCCUUUUAAACGAACCCUUUUUGGUAGAAUUUUCACGUAGUACUGUUUAUUUCUCAGGAUUUUACUGAAAGAAAUUUGGAAUUUCUUGUGAAUUUCCACUUCGCUCUCUGUAAGGUCUGAAAGCGUUUAGCCCCGGCCUUGCGUUACUCUCAUUGGCUAUUGUCCGCCCUUAUCAUACCAUCCUGUAACGUUUAAGGCUCAACUCGUUACAUAUGUAAUGUAGUGCGUUCUUUUGUUCUCGUCUAUUUCUCUUUCUAGUAGAACCCCAGCUAGUGAUGGCAGCUUUGAUAGCAGUUACCUUGGUAACCAGACGGAGCUGAACAAGCUGAAAGAGCUCAUCCGACAGCGAGACAAUGAGAUCAAUAUCCUUUACCAUCGGUUUGAAAAGAGGUAUUGGUUUAACAACUGGCUACUGUGUUGUGGCUGCAUGAGACGGCUAACCAAGGGUUAUGUUUUGCUAGAAUCGUAAUCAGACCGUUACGUUUUUUGUUACACCACUUCUGCUCACGGGUGUUGGUGGGCAACAAUGUUUGAUGCGUAUUUGCAUUAUGGCAUCCUCGCUCUACCCAGCUGCCUAGCCGUUCUAAUCAAGGGUAAUGGGCGGUAAAGAUCUUAAGUUAUUUAAGAUACACCGUUUCUCUUUAUGGCCGCGAAAAUGUUUGCCACGAACAUAUAUAUGUUGUGGUUUAAUGUUAUCCAUGGUUUAAAUUUUAUUUUCUUUUGUUUUUUGGUAUGUUUAUGUACGAUAAUGAGAUUGAAAUAGAGGAAAAUAAAAUUUUUACCAAGGAUAAAACUAAACCGCAACAUAUACGCAACCGUGAUUUCUCGGACGUGAUAACGCCAUCACCGUUGUAGAGGGCAAUCUACCCGUAUUUCCGGCUGAUUUAUUCUUACCCCUCCCGUACAUGGAAACGGUGUAUCUUAUGGUCUCUACUNGUAACCAGACGGAGCUGAACAAGCUGAAAGAGCUCAUCCGACAGCGAGACAAUGAGAUCAAUAUCCUUUACCAUCGGUUUGAAAAGAGGUAUUGGUUUAACAACUGGCUACUGUGUUGUGGCUGCAUGAGACGGCUAACCAAGGGUUAUGUUUUGCUAGAAUCGUAAUCAGACCGUUACGUUUUUUGUUACACCACUUCUGCUCACGGGUGUUGGUGGGCAACAAUGUUUGAUGCGUAUUUGCAUUAUGGCAUCCUCGCUCUACCCAGCUGCCUAGCCGUUCUAAUCAAGGGUAAUGGGCGGUAAAGAUCUUAAGUUAUUUAAGAUACACCGUUUCUCUUUAUGGCCGCGAAAAUGUUUGCCACGAACAUAUAUAUGUUGUGGUUUAAUGUUAUCCAUGGUUUAAAUUUUAUUUUCUUUUGUUUUUUGGUAUGUUUAUGUACGAUAAUGAGAUUGAAAUAGAGGAAAAUAAAAUUUUUACCAAGGAUAAAACUAAACCGCAACAUAUACGCAACCGUGAUUUCUCGGACGUGAUAACGCCAUCACCGUUGUAGAGGGCAAUCUACCCGUAUUUCCGGCUGAUUUAUUCUUACCCCUCCCGUACAUGGAAACGGUGUAUCUUAUGGUCUCUACUCUCCCGGCAUUAACGGAUACGGUACGAGUUAUUUUACCCCUGCACGGAAGCGGUGUUUUUUUAAGGUCUCUGUUGUCAUCAGUGUAAACGUGUGGAAGUGAGUGACAGUGUCGCAUUUCAACACUGUAUGUAACGUUCUGCGCAGGUGGUUUCCUUUGAAUGGUUACAAUUAUGUUAUUGCCCACAACCGGGUCAAGCUCCUUGGCAUGCUAGGCAAAUAGUGCUUCUAGUAAAUGAAUGGUCACGUUUAAGAGUUACCUCAGGAACAUUAGAAAAUUUGUGCCAAUUUCUACUUUUGAGCAACUAAUAAAGUACUUCUCGAGAGCACCAAAGUAACAGGGAUUUCAUGUUUCAUCAACUUCCGGCUAUUCUGUGAUUGUACUUGUUUAACUUGCCUGAAGGUAUUUUCAGGUUUACAGGCUGUUGAAUUUAAUUCUUAAAUCACUAAUUUAAUCAAUUACUAAGUAUAAAUUUGCCUGGCUUGAAUAGAGUUUCAGUGUUAAAAUAUAAAAUAUCUCAUUGUUUUAACUUAUGUAACGUAAACCUACCUUCUAAGAUCUAAAUCCGUCAACUAUAACCUGUACAAAUUAUAACAUAUAUUAACUAUAACUUAAUUUUGAAUAUUUUAGGAUAACUAAAAUAUCAACUUUUGGUAAAAAUAAAAAAGCUAAGAUCGUUAGUAUAAAAUCACGUCUGCUCCUAUUGAUCGUGAGACUGGCUAGCUUACGUCACUGGCGUAAUCUUACCCCGGUUAGUAGCGUCUGCGAAGUCAGCGUCGAGAUCCUCGUUCUGGGCCCCCAACGGACUCAACAAAUUAACGGUUUAUGCGUUCGGAAUUUCCCUUUACCCUGAUUGGCAAAUUGACAAUGGCUUUGUAACAGUUCAGUCGUUGAGCGUCCUCAAAUCCCAGUACACAGAACUCAAAAUUACCGAUUAACAUCACAAAUAUGAAGAAAGGGAUUAAUGGCGCACGCCUUAUACUACUAACAUGCUUCAAUUUUAUUUGCCCUUGAGACGACCAUCCUCGCAAUGUUUUCAUUUAACAGCUACUAACAGUUUCGUUCAUUUAUCGCUUUUGUUGUUGUUGUUGUUUUUGUUUGCUCAGUUGGUUAACAGAUUUUCACACUGAUAAGAAACCCCGCGUUGAAUUCUGGCAGUUAAAAUAUAAAUUUAUUACACUGGAAUUAGGCAAGAAUGGGCGACACUCUCUUGAAUUGUAACUGUAAACAGAAGCUGAUAAUGUAAUAUGUAAAAAAGACUUUUUCAAUUUUUUGCACUUUUUCCCUUUUAAAGUAUUUUCAUGUGCUCUGGCUUGGCGUUUUCGCACCCUGUCAUUGGUUGAAAAUUGAUGGAGUACGUCCCAUACAAGCCAGAACAGACAUGCCUCUGUUUUUGUUUUACAAGGCUUAUUAUUGCAAACAGCUCUAACAUUACAACCCUGUGUUUCUCAGGCUUAACUGGGAAACAACCGGACUGACUAGUCGCUAUGCUUUACUAGCGAGCGGCACAAACCUGUUUAAACUGGACGAGGCUUUUAAGUUUACCACAGAAGAUCUAGGCCACUGGAGCUUCACGGCGACCUCGCACAGGGACGAUACCGCAUUUAUAGGACAAAUGGAUCAUGAAGCAAUGCUCACCCUUGCCAAAUUAUCCGCUGAUAUCGAGUGUUUUACCCUGAGGGAGUUAAAACAAAUGCAUCGGCGUUCUCGAGUAGCUAUUGAAGCUGAGAUGACUAAUAACUUGCAUAUACAUAAGCGGAUAUUAAAGCUGUUGGAAGAUCACGUUGUGUUCGACACGGAGCAGCAAAGAAUGCAAAGACUGAAUGUCGCUCGUAAAGAGGCGAUGGCCAGUUAUAAGAAAGCCUUGGAGCGCUGCACGAGAACGCACGACAAGCUGCGAGAUGCUGAAAACAAGAGACUGAAGGCUGAAGAGGAAUAUCUUGACGCUAUGAUGGAGUUGAACAGAGAUGAACAAGAAAAGAAAAGGAUUAUUUCUGUGAUCGAGAACCAACAUGUUGGCGAAGGAGCACGAAGAAGGACAACCUCAAUGUAACAAGCAGAGUCAAAUUUAAGGGAAAAAUGAGCGCUGAGAUAGUCAAACCUCGAACUGCACAGGAGGCGAUUUAAAAGAAGUGCAUGGCUGCCAGAAACCUUUCGUUUUCCAAGGCCAAAUUAAAUUAAACAAGAAUUUGAAAACAGAAAACGUGUGUCCUGUAGGCUGUAGUUUACUUUAAAGAAAAACUAUUCCAACUUCCGUGAAGUAGAAGAAACGUACCGCAGGAACAGAAAAUGAUAAUACUAAAUGACUCAUGUUUAGAAUCGGUUAAAAAAUAGAAUGAUUUCCCCAAAAACUUCAGGGCUUCGACCAUUUUUAUAGUUAUACUCUAAAAAUAAUAGUUUGUGCACCUCUAAAGAAUAUUAAAAAAUAUCUAAAUAACUGUAAAUGGUUUGGUAGAUUUUAGCCGUUGCACGUUUUUCUUGAAAGACAGAUCAAUUACAAAAAUUCCGUUGAUGUAGCAGUAUGCCACGGGGAAAUAAUGCUUUUGGUAGUAUUAAAAUUGAUAAAAGCUUUUGAGGCACACAUUUUUAUUACAAUAUUGUAUAUGUUUGAUAAAAGUAGUAAUAAAUUGUUAAAUAACUGCCGUUAUUAACUGGCCCUUAUUGUUUAAAACAGAGAUUAUUCUAAGGUGAAAACCAUUUUUGCAUGGUCACGUGCAUACUCUAAUGAUAAAUUUUUUAGCCAAAUUUAUUAAGGAAAUUGAGUGAUUAAUAAAUAAAUGCAUUGUGGUUGCUAACAAAGUAACCAUGAUAAUUUUGUAGUAAAAUCUUAAGUAAAAAAUAAAAGUGGAAAAUUUGAAAAGUGAACACGGCAUAACUUCUAAUUCGUAAAUGAAUGUUUGUGUAAAAAAAAUUGCUGCGUGUCUAAAGAGGAUCUGACGAUAAUAUACCGUUUAUUUAACUUUUUCUUCAGUUAUUAGAGUUCAAGAUAAUAUGAAUUUCCCUUUUGAAAAAUAUCGGAAACAUUUCAUUUUAGUAAUAGUCGCACCGUUUCAUUCCAGAUUGAAAAGUUGGUCCUAUUGUCUGAGCCAAUAAGCGUCACAUUUUGGCUCUAACUUUUUACAAACAGAAUAUGUAUAUAUUUGUUCAAAACUAGUGUAUCAGCCAUAAAAAACUGCUCCUUCUCAGUACAGUUGAAGGGGAGAACUUCUAUUGUUCAUUUUAUUUAUGUACACGUUCCUUCCAGCUUUCCCCCCACCUCCCCCUUCCACACCUGUUUUUGUUGUGAACAUUUACCACUGGUGGCGACACUGGUGGCACAUCAAAACCAGUGGCAUGUAGGCUUGGCUACAUAAUUCCCAAAAUAUGGCCUAAAAUUCUUUCCGGAAUGUCCCUGGAAAAUGCUGUAAAAUUCUUUUAGAAACGUCUAAAAUUCUCCAAAAACUCUCUAAAAUUUCCAAAAAUUUCCAAAAAUUUCCCUUUUUUUGAUAGCGAGGGCCCCUUUUGGUGAAUAACUGCUGAUAAGUUGUAGUGUAGACGACUCUGAUGAAACCCGCUGAUUUGUUGAGUUUAGUAGACUAGUAGACAGUACUCUAGACACUGCUGUUGCAUGUAAGCGGACUGACCCCUCUCUUCAUCGGUAGGAAUAUAACAAAAAACGUUUUGUCAACGUUUUUGCCGUGAAAUAUUGCCAAAAUGUCGGGUGAAUGUUCAAAUUGCUCCCAAAAAAAUUCCGGAAUUAUGCAGCUAAGCCUAGUUGCAUGGAUGAUUUUUUGCUAUUUUCUCCUAUAGUGCUGGUUGAGUAAGUUUCUUAUUUAAUUCGGGAGCCAAUCAAGCAUGCUGUCACGUAUUUUCCAGCGUUUUUCUCCAGCAUAUUCUCCCGCUCUUUUCGCCUGGCGAGCGUUUGACACCAGCUGCCUGUCAAUUAAGAGAGUUGUGAUUGGUCCAUCAAAUGUUAGAAAAGCGCACGCAAAGACUAUAAAUAAAUAAUAAAAAUUUUGACAGUUCACUUGCAAAACCAAUGAACUGGUAACCCGUCACGAAUUGACGCGGCUUUAACAGGAGUAGGGGUCGGGAGGGUCCGUCUUAUAGACACUAAAGAAACAUUAAUAAAUAAUUUUUAAUUGUUUUAAACUAGUGGAACCAGUAAGCUUUGAGUAGAUAACAACCGCUAGGAAAGAACAUCUAGUUGGACAAAUUUUAGGGUUUGUUGUAUAAAGAUGAAUUUGUGAUCAUGUUUUUUUAGCUUUUAGGAUCUGUACAGAGUUCUAAUGAGCGAAAAAAUAUGACUGAUACUAGAUUUAAAUAAAAAUUGACGACAGUAAACUGUAACAACGAGAAAAUGUUGUCUCAAGAGAAAGAAAAUGAGAGGGCUCAGCGUAGGCGAUGUUUUUAAGGUGGUGGUGAUCGGGUUAUUCUUUGAUUUUUACCGUCUGACAUCAUGUUGCCGGCUGAGAGGCUUUUGGCGGGAAACAGUUUUAUUGUUUUAUGUCAUGUGACUUCGAAGUAACCAAUGAAGUCGCUCGCUGUUGGGGUAAAAAUUCUAGCUGUGUAACAAUGCACCUUAACUAGAACUCAGACAUCUUGGUCGGCAUGUUGAAGAAAGAAAAAAAGCGCACGGCUGAUUUAGAGAUGUCUGCGCGACACGGAGGAGGCCCGUUACAAGACGGGGUGAGCGCGGCACGUGAGAGGGUGAGGAGAAGCACCAGUCAGACCUUGAGCGAUGACUCAGAGAGCGAACUGUCCCACCUGAGGUCUGCCAGCAGAGCAAGAGUGAAAGAAAGGCCGUCUUCUGAUACUACGGAGGUGUGUCUACAUUUCUUGCAUUUGCCCGUCCCAAUCAAUAUUGGGCCAUUAUCACCCAAUAUUGUUGGUUGCAUUAUCAUCCAAAAUUGCUAGGUAAGUCAAAGUGAUUCUCGGAGGCGUGGUGGUCUUGUCAUUAACUCAUCAAACUUUGCUUCUCAAGAUCCGGGAUUCCUUGGACUGGAAGCUUUGCGCCAAUCAAUGCUGGGCCAUUAUCAUCCAACAUUGUUGUUACGUUAUUGAUUCUAGGAGGCGUGGUGGUCUUGUCAUUAACUCAUCAAACUUUACAUCUCUGGGUCAUAAUUUUAGUUCUUACCAUGGCAUUGUUUCCUUUUUUCCUUUUCCUCGAUAUUUUCUUUGUCAAAUUAACUUUGGCGGUUACCCUGAGAUGGACAAAUAUUCCAUCCGAUGGGGGGCAUAUUACUCCUAAGUUCUUAUCCGGGAUAAUCAUUAGCCCGUAAGGAAAUCGGCUGAAAUCAUACCCAAAGCUGUCCUUUCUCAAGUUAAAUCUGACUGACAAACAUGUUGGGCGAUAUUGUAUGUUGUUGGCUAACAUUAGACGAGGUUUGAAUCUGUUUAUUACCGAUCUCGGCAUGAAUCUCUCCAUGACUCGAGUUCUUUUUCAAGGUAGCCUGCAUAACAGGCGCUUCAUGAGCCAAGCGAGGCAAAGGCGGCAUUUUGCGCGUCUCGCGCUUCACGCAAAAUGCCGCGUUCCCCUCGUUUGGGUCAGAAGCGCUAAUCCAAGGUGGAGACCCCUACGAUGCUGAGAACGUGCUCUAGUCCAUGACUCUUUAUCUCGGGACCAAGCUUAACCCUUUAAUCGCCUAAGAGUGAUCAGUAUCAAAAUUCUCCAUGUGAUAUCAAUGCUUUAUAAAACAGAUUGGUGAUGAGAAUUAAGGGCAUGAUCACACAAGAUAUAAUGAAUUGAUACUUCAACAACUACUCACGACUACUUUUAUAGGCAACGUGUAAGGACAGCAAAUAGGAAUUUGAAUUUUGCUAUUAGGGAUUAAAGGGUUAAAAAAAAAAGGUUUACCAUCCCUUAGUCACUCCUUGAGCGGUGCAAUUUUUUCCUUGCAGAAUCGUCAUCACCCACAAGCUUCUUUAGAAGAAUCAAACCACCAUCGGCCUUCAUCUGCGUACAGACGAAAGCUUGGUAUGUUGCCGCUUGGUUUUAGUCAAGGAAUUGAGACCCGGAGGAGCAAAAUAUGGAGAACGUUUAUAUCCUCUGGGGAAAAGAUUAUUUUUGAUUAUUCUUAGGCCAUAAGGAAUCGCAACCCAAAUCUAAAAGGUUUGAAGUUUGCGGAAACACAAACUGUUAAGGCAGAUUUAAUGUUAUCGCUACGAUCUCAGACAACAAAAGACCAGCGAUGGUGACAAACUCCUUGACCACAGCGAUCAUAAUGAAAGCCAGCGUUAAACAUAGAACUGAAGUUUGUUUGUUUCAGCAAUCGUUGAAGAGUUGUUUCCAUAUAUAAUUGCUGCGAUCGUAGUGAUCAUACAGGACGUUAACGCGCGUGUUUGAUGCUGUUCAGUGUUCACCCUUCUCGCUUAUGUUUUGUUCCUCCUCUACUUUUUAGAUGAAAUGUCAGUGGGAAGAAAAGAAGCUUUUGAGACUUUCCGGCGAGACUACGUGCAUAAUGACACGAUAGAGGAAAACAAACACAACCUUAAGCAAAGGUUGGUAUUUAUGUGAUGUCCAGUGUCUCAUUACUCAAUGCCAUUCUAAUUUUUUCAUUAUCGAUUUUUAUCUUCAGAUACGCGGAAGCCAAGAGACUUGGCGAGCAAGUAAACACAUCGCGCCAAAAAAUAAGUACGUUACUCUCCCAUCAACAUCUAGCAUUUGCCGUAGACUAUUUUAAUUAAUUUAUCUCUUCUAUGAUUGCAGACUCAAUAAAAACCCAAAUCGAGCAACACAGAGUUCGUCGGUCAAUGCAAGGUAUUUUAAACUACUAACUUAGUACUACUGUUAGUGACAGUGAUGCUGUUCUGUUUCUCGAAGUUCAUUCGUUUUUUUGUAUUUUUAAGGUUUUGUUAACGGAACCGAGGGAGUUGAGGAUAUCGACCCAGUAGAACAGAAACUUAGACAGGCUAUCGAGGAGGAGAAGACAAAGUGAGUAACAUAAACAUGUGUUGUUGUCCGAAAAACGCCUCUCCUUUUUGCGCAAGUUGUUUUCUUUUGUUGUUAGUGGGAUAGUAGCCCUCCAAGCUCCCUUAUCUUAAGCUGAUUGCAGCGCAUAUGUGAGCAACUCGUCUUGCGGCGGGUCCGUGGCUGUUUCUAAGGGAAGUCCACCCGGAGGGCGGUAACUGUAGAGAGUGUCACCGACUACAGGCUAAGUUCGCUUGAGGGACCGAGUCACCUGCGGGAUAUCAGGUUCGGGCAAAUGGGGCUCUUUAUCCUUGUCCGGAAGCCCAUCUAGAAGAAGGAAACUUCAAACCCAAACCAGGCUUGGAGAGGGAUGGUCUCCGCCAGGCUUUAUUUGCCCAUGAUACGCCGUGGCGCCCCAACGGUCACCAUGACUAUGGGGUAGGUGUAAGGUGCAAGUGGGGUAGUCAUUUUCUGACCUCUCGAAUCAGUUAAGCUAAGACUAUAAAAACUAGAACCAACCACAACUUCUCGCCUUUUGCGGUAAAUCUCACUGCAGUUAUUAAGUAAUCCGUUGAACACUUCUGUUUUCCCACUAAGUUAAGGUGCUUUGCAAUAUUUUUUCUGCUUAGCACCCCUUUUGUAUAAUCGGAUUAGCCAUUUAUUACUUUAAGAUUUUAGUGUUGUAAUGCGCAUUCGAUCAUAUCUUUAUCGCAUGCUAGACUGCGCAAUAUAAGAAACAAACAUUGUUAUUAUUAUUAUUCGUCGUUCGCCACCCGUUCCCAAUUUUCCUGCGCUUAAGGAGGUGUUACACAAGACGAUUCGCAACGACGAUUUUUAGCACAACACAGAGUUGCAACAUUGUUGCGACAUUGUUUUGAAUGCUUGCAACAUUGUUCCAACAUUGCAACGCUGUGUUGCGCUGAAAAUCGUCGUUGCUAAUCGUCCGUGUAACAUCACUUUUAAGCCUUUUGACAGAUACCCCUUUUAUGUUUUUCCUACGCCAUACUUCUGACGCAUAAUUUCCUGUCCUUUAUAGUAACCCCUUGUUAUGAUCAAUUAGCACCCUGUCAUGUUGUCGGUUGUAACCGUGAUAAGCUUCACUUGUUUCCCGCGCCUGGUUCAGAGCCCUAUGUUUUAAGCGACAUCUCUUUGUUUUUGACAGUUUUCUUAGCUUAGUCCUGAAGAUUAAUAUGUAUUUCAUACAAUCCCUACCUCUAUAAUUAUACACUCCGCAGACCUCUCUCAACCCGCCAGGACGCUUUUGACUGCCCGUUGAAGUCCACGUUACGUACACUCGAUUGCUGUGUGUUUGUAGAUGCAGUGAAAGCUACUACGACGUCGUAAAACGCAUUAUAUUACUUUUGUUUCUUUGAUCAGAUACAAGGAGAGUUUUACUCAGCUCAAAUCUCUUAAAACCGAGAUUGAGCAUCUUCAACAUCUACUAGAAAAAUCCAAAGUUAAGAUGCAAAAGGAUUUUGAAAUCUGGUGGGCGGAACAGGCGGCUUUCAACCAGGUGUGGAUAGAAACUUCUUUACGGUCGAUUUGUCAGUCGCUAAACAAUCUUGCCAUACCUCUUUCUCAUAGGGCCCCAUGCAAAGUAAUCCAGGACAGUCUUGGAUUCUGGAUUCCACGCUGUGGAUUCCAGAUUCCAGGUACUCGAUUCCUGAUUUUCGAGUCAGUGAAACUUGGAUUCAGGCUUCCAAUCCUUAGUGGGAUUCUGGAUUCCUUUAGCUUAAUACCGGAUUCCAAAGCCUAGGAUUCCGGAUUCCGCAAGAAAAAGUUUCCCACAUUCCAGAUUCCACAAGCCGAAAUUUCCCGGACUCUGGAAUCUGGAUUCCUUUACAUGGGCGAGUCGGUUUUUGAGCAUGCAUAUUCGCCUAACUUGCGCAACGAACGUCCUUGUUACAAAAACGAAGAAUCAACGGCUUGUUUUUGUUGAGCAAUAAACAACUUUACAGCUUGGUCAAACCGAGCAGCAUUCGCUGUCGUUGCAGUGGUUAUGACUGCUUUUGUGUCAAAAGCGCACUGCUGUAUCGGCCAUAAAUUUUGGAAAGGAAGGCAGAGAAGAAAACUAUCUGAAACGGUUUUUCCAUUGCUUGGUGUUACUCAUCUUGGGCCCUUGAUUUACAAACAAUAGCAAACAAGGCACAAACCUGGUCAUAUUUUAUGAAGUGAUGAAAUGUUGUUGGACGUCGAGGGAUCUAUAUAAUGACGUGAAGAGUACAUUGAGGUUUAGUUAGGAGGGGGGCGGAUGUGACGUUCUGGGAAUUUUGACGGUGAAUGUGUUCACAAACCUUUUCUCUCUUCUUUUUUUCUGCCUCCAUUCAAUUUGACUUUCGUUUUCAUUCCUUGUUAGCCACCUGACGAAGUCCUAGCCGCUUGGAAAACCCCACCGAUAUCCCCCGUUCGACCUCCCUCUGCUCAAAGGAGACGCGACCCAGACCCGGGUGGUGUGUCAAAUAACCGUGGGGAUGAUUCCUCUUACAACACAAGACCCGGUAAAUUCGUAUCCAAGCUGCGUGCAGAAGCGCAUCUCGCGUCGCUAGGAACGACAUCUGUCAGCCGGCCGCCUCAUGUGUCCAGUUCUGACAGUAGUCUCAGUAACCGGUCUGGACCCAUAACAACAGCCGGUAUUGAUCAGGGAACCUCAUGGCGAAGUAAAUCAGGGUACGUGUGUUCUUCACUAAACAAGUUUAAUUUUAAGUGAGGCUGUAGGCGCCAAGCCAACUUUUUUCUCCAAUAUAAAUAGAGAAUAGUUUUACGCAAAAUAGCCUUAAUCUGCACUUUGCUGUUCCUUGUGUAAUGUACAUUUUCUCUCUUGACAAUUUCUUUAUUUUUCCGCACCUUACAUCAGGUGAGAGAAUGAGGCCCUACAGCAGAAGUAUCCUUUUCCGAAAUUAGCAGCAGAUUUUAAAGUUUCCCUUGCAUGUUUCGCUUCUUUCGUUAAAUGAUUUCUGCGCCUGGCACAAAGUGCAUAUUUUCCCGCGCUUAACAGAUAGUGCCUUAUUUCCCGCGCUUAACAGAAAGAGCAUAUUUUCCUGCGCUUAACAAAUAGUGCAUAAUUUCCGGCGCGCAAGACCGGCUACAUGAUUUCCCGCCCUUAUCUUCUGCUUUCACCUGAGCCCCUGUAUUGGCUCUUUGGUAUUUCGUAACCGGCGUUAAAAUACAAAAAAAUUGGAUCGUUUUACCCCCGUAAAGCCGACGUUCUGUGCGCUAGUACUUCGUCGACGAAGGGCUGAGUGUAGCAAAACUAAGCCUUUCAUUUAUCUGGUGUUAAAAUACUACUAAAGUACCAUUUCUUUCUCUUUUUCCAGUUCUGCUGGUGACAUGACUUCCGGUUCGGGAUCAGUGAAGCUAACAGGUGAUAGUCGAGCAGAUGCUGACAUCCUGGCUUUCAUCAAAGCGAGGCAAAACCUUUUACAGCAGCGAGGUUGGUUGCCUGAAACGUCAUAA